AUGUCCUAUAACAAUGAUGAGCAAUCUCGCCGGGCUCAGGCUGCCCGGAACGCUCAGUGGGCUAGCAAUAGCAGUCAGCCCCAAAACCUUGCUCCCUAUCAAACAGGCGGUUACGCGAAUCUAAAUGAGCCCACAAUUCACACAACAGGAACUGUUCCAAUGAAUCUUUUGAACAGCCCUAGCAGUCAUUCUGUUAUACCCGACAUACCACAUAACCCAGCUCCUCUGCCAUUGACCUAUCAAAGUCCCAUUCGACAACAAGAGUCGCAUAGAACAGUUUUGGAAAACACGGCUUAUGAUCAGGGAGGAAGCUCUCGAGGACCUCCAAGUGUCGGUUAUGGCGCGCAGCCUCGCAGCUACUAUGGACAAGCCCCUCGGAAUCCGGGACUUGAACCCGGUGGUAGCUCUCAAAGACCUUCAGGCGUCGGCUUUAGUGCACAACAUCCCAACUACUAUUCGCAGCCUGCCGAGUCCUAUACACAGCCUACCGGCUCCUAUGCACAAGCCCCUCCGAAUCCAGUACCUGGACCUAGUGACAGUCAAUCAGUCCAAGCGAACCCAAGUGGAUCAUCCACCUAUCCUUCAAAGAGUAAACAAGCCGAAUACGACAGGAAGUCCUACGCGAAAAAGAAAGCCAAAAAGGCCAGCGAAGGGACAUGCCUUUCGUGCGAUCAGCCCCGUAAGGAAGGAUACGUGAGGUGUGAGAAAUGCCUGAAGCACGACAGAGAGCAGCAGAAAAAGUCUCGAGAUGAGGCAAUAGCUCAGGGCAAAUGCUAUGUGUGCAAGAAUACACCUGUCUUGGUCCGCGGUGGUAAAUGUGAGAAAUGCAUGGAGUACGACAGAGAGCAGCACAGAAAGCCUCGAGAGAGGAGGCAAUAG